AGACUCGCAUUUUUAUAUAAAACGGUCUUGCACAAGGUUGUCUCUAGUGGAUAGUGAAUUUCGGAAGAAUAAAGACGCCUGGACGAAAGAGAGUGCAAUAUGAAGGCUGUGAUCCUAGUCCUGACCUACGCCACGCUGGCCACCUCAUCAGCGGUCCGGGACAAGCGGAGCUGGUCACACACCGCAGGCCUACCCCGUCUCCGUGCACACAGUGGUCAGGCCAUCACACACGGUACUGCACGUGCACGCCCCACUCCACGCGAUCAAUCUAGUGUGCCUGCACGCGUUGUGUAUGCUGCUGGCUUUAGACGCUGGUUUCUAGCUGCUGUCCUGCUCCCCGUCUACGAGUACCCAGAAUCCACAGAGAUCCACACCCACGCCAAUACCGUGUACUCAGUCUCCGUGCCCGUCACACACACAGUCCACCUGGAGCAGCCUGCAUAUUCGCGGCAGGUCUACUACCACAACCCACCAUCGUACAACUACAACACUGUGUACUCGCCACAGGUGUACUCGCCACAGGUGUACUCGCCACAGGUGUACACGUCAGGGUAUAAUGUGUCUCCGUGGCCUUAUCAGCGUUAUGCUAAUACUUGGUGUUAAUAUUUAUCAUCAGGGAUCGUAACUUUUCCAGCUAAUUUGGUGCAGCAUUGUCGCGUUAAAGGAAUUUUGUAUACCUAUGUCCGAAGCCAGCUGGAAUAGUUAAUUAGGACUAUUAACAAUAAAAUGAGCCUCAAUUGAUAAUAAACACAUGUAUGAAUUCCUUUAUUUCUACCAUGCUGCACCGAAAUGGCUGUAAAAGUUACGAUCAUUGUUUAUCAUCUAUGGGUUAUUAAGGGUAUAUAAUGGCGUGAUAAAUUACGUUAUUCGUCAAUAAAAUUAGUCACUAUCAUAAAAACACACGUAGUCUUAUCACGUCAUGCGGACGCAGGUAUAAAUAGAAGACCGCACACUCCACAGAUUUAGGGUUCGCGCCCACGGGCAACAAAGUUGCUCGACGACUUACGUAUUUGUAUGAAAAGUUGCGUCGCUUCGUGUGCGUACUUUCAUACUAGCCCAUAGACCGAUGAUGUGAGCGACAAAAAAGUCGCCGCCAAAAGUUACCCGUGUGUGCACUCUCUUAAGAAGGAGGAGAUCGGAUAUGUUUGUGAAUUCGACUGCAAAAAUUAGCGACAAAAUGACAUUCAAAUGGAACGGAAUAUUACUGGAAUAAUUUUGUAGACAAAACGAGUUGCAACGUUAUUACUUUGCCAAUGGCGUUUCGUAAAAUUAUUUAUUACUAAAUAAAAAAACUAGUUU